CGGGUCGACACAAAGUUCGCCUGAGCUGCAAAGACUAAAAAAAAAAGACACCGGAGCGCCUGCUAAGGAGGAGAGCCGUCUGUCCUGCUGAGCCCCCUGCCGUGCGUGAGGGUGCACCAUGGCCCACCUGGUACGCGUCUUUGCAGCCACAUGCUCCGCCCCCAUCCUCAGCGGGGCGUCCUGCUUCAAACUAGGCGGCGGCCCCGCCAUCAAGACCGCCUGCGUGCGCUUCUUCAGGACCCAUCAAGUCCUGGGGAGAUGCGCCAGUCUAGGAAUUCCCUACAAGCAAGUCACAGUCGGCGUCCCUAAAGAGAUCUUCCAGAACGAGCGGCGUGUGGCGCUGUCGCCCGCCGGCGUGCAGGCGCUCAUCAAACAGGGCUUCAAUGUCGUGGUGGAGUCCGGCGCCGGGGACUUUUCCAAGUUCCCAGAUGAGCAGUACUCUCAGGCGGGGGCUGCAAUUAAAGACCUCAAAGAUGUCCUGGCGUCAGAUGUGCUGGUCAAGGUCCGCGCUCCCGUUUUCAACCCGGCUUUGGGCGUCCACGAGGUGGAGCUGAUGAAAGACGCGGCCACCUUGAUCAGCUUCAUCUACCCGGCUCAGAACCCAGAGCUGAUGGACCUGCUGUCCCAGAAGAAAGCUACGGUCCUGGCUAUGGACCAGGUGCCGCGAGUCACCAUCGCCCAAGGCUACGACGCCCUGAGCUCUAUGGCCAACAUUGCGGGGUACAAGGCCGUGGUGCUGGCAGCAAACAACUUUGGUCGCUUCUUCACGGGGCAGAUCACUGCAGCGGGCAAGGUGCCACCCGCCAAGGUGCUCAUCAUCGGAGGUGGAGUGGCAGGACUGGCAGCAGCUGGCACCGCCCGAGCCAUGGGCGCCAUUGUCCGAGGUUUUGACACCAGGGCGGAGGCGCUGGAGCAGUUCAAGUCUCUGGGUGCGGAGCCGCUGGAGGUGGACUUCAAAGAGUCGGGGGAAGGGCAAGGGGGCUACGCCAAAGUCAUGUCCAAGGAGUUCAUCGAGGCCGAGAUGAAGCUGUUUGCCAAGCAGUGCCAGGAUGUGGACAUCGUCAUCAGCACCGCGCUCAUUCCUGGUAAGAAGGCCCCCAUCCUCAUCACCAAGCCCAUGGUGGAGAGCAUGAAGGACGGGUCGGUGGUGGUGGACCUGGCUGCCGAGGCCGGAGGAAACAUCGAGACCACGGUACCCGGAGAGCUCUCUGUGCACAAGGGCGUGACCCACGUGGGCUACACCGACCUGCCCAGCCGCCUGCCCACCCAGUCCAGCACGCUGUACUCCAACAACAUCACCAAGCUGGUGCGGGCCAUCAGUCCUGACAAGGAGAACUUCUACCUGGACGUGAAGGAGGUCUUCGACUACGGCACCAUGGACCACGUGGUCAGGGGCUCUGUCGUCAUGCAGAAUGGAAAGAACCUCUUCCCGGCUCCUCAGCCCAACAACCUGCCCACCGCCACGCCCCCCAAGCCCAAGUCUGUCAAAGAGCUGGAAGCCGAGAAGACUUCUCAGGUCUCUCCCUACAGGGCCACGCUGACCUCCGCUGGAGUCUACACUGGAGGCAUCGCCACACUGCUGGGUUUAGGUCUGGCGGCUCCCAACGCCGCCUUCGCACAGAUGGUCACGACCUUCGGCCUGGCGGGCAUCGUGGGGUACCACACCGUGUGGGGCGUCUCCUCCGCACUGCACUCGCCGCUCAUGUCCGUGACCAACGCCAUCUCAGGUCUGACGGCCGUGGGUGGUCUGUCCCUCAUGGGGGGCGGCUACACCCCGACCAGCACCGCGGAGACGCUGGCCGUGCUCGCCGCCUUCAUCUCAUCGGUCAACAUCGCUGGCGGCUUCCUGGUGACGAAGAAGAUGUUGGACAUGUUCAGGCGUCCCACCGAUCCCCCCGAGUACAACUACCUUUAUCUGAUUCCGGGGGGCGUUUUCGUGGGCGGAUACGCCGCAGCGCUGCAUUCCGGAUACAACAUCGAGCAGAUGAUGUACCUGGGCUCGGGAAUGUGCUGCGUGGGCGCCCUGGCCGGUCUGUCCAACCAGAAAACCGCCCGCCUGGGCAACGCCUUGGGCAUCAUGGGAGUGACGGGGGGCAUCGUCGCCGCUCUCGGGGCGCUCAAGCCCAGUCCCGAGCUCCUGGCGCAGAUGAGCGUCGCCAUGGCUGUCGGCGGCACCGCUGGUCUGACCAUCGCUAAGAGGAUCCAGAUCUCAGACCUGCCCCAGCUGGUGGCCGCCUUCCACAGUCUAGUGGGUCUGGCGGCGGUGCUGACCUGCGUGGCCGAGUACAUGGUGGAGUACCCCCACUUUGCCACUGACCCCGCCGCCAACCUCACCAAGAUCGUGGCCUACCUGGGCACCUACAUCGGCGGCAUCACCUUCAGUGGCUCUCUGGUGGCGUACGGCAAGCUGCAAGGCAUGCUGAACAGCGCCCCCCUCGUCCUCCCCGGGCGCCACGCUCUGAACGCCACGCUGAUGGCGGGCAGCAUCGGCGGGAUGAUCCCCUACAUGCUGGACCCCAGCUACAUCACCGGCAUCACCUGCCUGGGCUCCGUCUCCGCUCUGUCGGCCAUCAUGGGUGUGACGCUAACGGCCGCCAUCGGAGGCGCCGACAUGCCGGUGGUGAUCACCGUCCUCAACAGCUACUCGGGCUGGGCCUUGUGCGCCGAGGGCUUCCUGCUCAACAACAACCUGCUCACCAUCGUCGGGGCGCUCAUCGGAUCGUCCGGCGCCAUCCUGUCCUACAUCAUGUGUGUGGCCAUGAACCGUUCCCUGGCCAACGUGAUCCUGGGAGGGUAUGGCACAUCUUCCACGGGCACAGGUAAGCCCAUGGAGAUCACGGGCACCCACACCGAGGUCAACGUGGACCAGACUGUGGACAUGAUCAAAGACGCCCACAACAUCAUCAUCACUCCAGGUUACGGUCUGUGUGCCGCCAAGGCUCAGUACCCCAUUGCCGAGUUGGUGAAGAACCUCCAGGAGGCUGGCAAGAAUGUCCGAUUCGGUAUCCACCCCGUAGCGGGCCGCAUGCCCGGGCAGCUCAACGUCCUGUUGGCCGAGGCCGGCGUUCCUUACGACAUCGUCCUGGAGAUGGAGGAAAUCAACGAGGACUUCCCUGACACAGACCUGGUUCUGGUCAUCGGCGCCAACGACACGGUCAACUCUGCAGCCCAGGAAGACCCCAACUCCAUCAUCGCUGGGAUGCCCGUGCUGGAGGUCUGGAAGGCCAAGCAGGUGGUGGUGAUGAAGCGCUCCCUGGGCGUGGGCUACGCCGCCGUGGACAACCCCAUCUUCUACAAGCCCAACACCGCCAUGUUGCUAGGCGACGCCAAGAAGACGUGCGACGCCCUGCACGGCAAAGUGCGCGAGGUCCAGUAAGGCCCGCCCCCCUUACCCCCCCCCGUCCCCCCUCCCCCCUCCCUUUGUGCUGACACAGCAACAUCUUUACUGUCAUGGCACACAUGAAGGUUUUUUUUCUUCUUUUCUUUACAUGAAGGAGAAGUCUCUUGUCAAGCGAAACGCUCCAAUUAAGGAAAGAGCACGAUGAUGCGGAGUGCAUGAGAAAGUGGAGCCACGUUCCGUUGUCGGGUCCGCGGUUGCGUUGCCGUGGCGACCAAACCAAAACAAAACAUUUGGGCGACACAGCGCAGCGUUUUCAAAGCUGCACCCGGACGCAGCUACUUCGGGAGGUUGCCUACGGCCGCAGCCGCAAGCCACGAGGCGUUUAUUAGUGCAUUUAUGCUAAUUAGGAAAUUAGUUGUGUGAAAUUACUCUUUUUUUUUUUUAACCAAAUGGUCAAAAAAUCGCUAGAGAAUUAAUUUUUGCUUUGUUUUGUUUUUUUUGUCUCAAUUUGAACACACUUGUGUCAAUAAUCAGCAAUACUCUUUUAUAACUGUUGCUUACUUUUGCCUAACAAGUGCUGGUGUACACGUCAGCGGAAAUAAAACAAGUAUCGCUUGUAAAAAAUGUCCGAUACAGAGCGGGUCGUGUUCAAUCAAAAAAAAAAAGGUCAACAAGCUAGGCUGUAGGCUACUGCUAGGAGCGAGCAGCUACGCAACAGCUAAGCGCACAAUAGCAACACAAGCUAGACUAGUAGGUGUCAAUCGUUGAGCAUUAAAACGGCACAUUUGUCAACAUGAAUGAAACCCUUCUAGUCGCGUGUUGCUUUUGCGUACAGUAACAAACGUGUCCGCAUCAUUCAACGUGAGCUUAACUUGAUAAUUUAUUGCGGGAAAACAAAAUGACCACUCCGCUUCAUUUUAAAAGGACUGCAUAAGCCCAUUCCAGACGGUUAAUAAUAAAAAGGUUAGCAUUGUUUUCUGACUCAUUUCUAACAUUCCACACUACUGAAUAAUACAAACACGUGACCACAUUUCUGGGCGGAUCUCGCGUGAGAGGAAGAGGGGGGCGGGGGG